GCAUGGCUCAGAACUUGCUCCCGCCGGGCCCGUUGAGCGGUGCUGUGUCCGGCAGCAUCACCUUCACCACCACCCUCCGGCCCCCAGAGCGCCCCUUCCUCUCUGUCAGCUGGACCUUCAACGGCGCCAACGUUAUCACCUCCACCUCCGACGAAGACCUACCCGGAGACGGAUAUGGCGAGCGGAUCACCCUGGAUCGAACCACCGGCAGCCUGCAGCUCCGGAGGCUGACGGCGGCUGACAGCGGGGAGUACGUGGUCGCCGUCAUACCGCGGGGCGAGAGUCUGAAACAGGGCACGGUUGUGCUCAACGUGUACGUGCCGGUCUCCGGGGUGACCGUGCGGGGUCCCACGAGCAUCCUGAUCGAAGACCAGCACUCGGCCAGCGUCACGUGUGAGGCCUCGGGCUCCGUCAGCACCCGAGUGUGGACCAAGGGCGGGCGUCCCGUCCUCGCUGGGCCCACCGUCAACUUGUCUCCGGACAACGUGACCGUCUUCAUCCAACCCGUCCGCAGCCACGACGGCGGUGUGUACCGCUGUCGGGUCAGUAACCCCAUCAGCGCCCUGACAGCCGCCUUCAACCUCACCGUCAAUUUCGGACCACAUAACGUGUCCAUUGCGGGGCCCACGGCAGCCCCGCUUGGACGCAGAGUGACGCUGCUCUGCGUGGUCAAUUCAUUCCCGCCGGCCGACUUCGCCUGGGAGUUCAACGGUAACGCCACCGGCGUCAACGGCUCCUCGUACGUGGUCCCCCGCAUGGACGAGCAAAGCGAGGGCAACUACACGUGCACGGCCAGAAAUGCGGUGACCCGGCGCCAAACCUCCACCCUUCUUUACCUGAGAGCGCUGGUGCUGAGUGCAACAAGCCUCAGGUGGUUCAUGUCGGCCUAUUAG